UCCCGAGGCCGCCGUUGCCGCCGUCGCCGCGCAGAGCCGAAGCAGGAGCCACGGCCGAGAGGAGGGAGGAGGAGGAGGAGGAGGUGGAGGAGGCGCUGGACCAGGCGGAUUGUCAGUAUUUAAACAGACCACAUCAUGCGUGAGUACAAGCUAGUGGUCCUUGGUUCAGGAGGCGUGGGGAAGUCUGCUCUGACAGUUCAGUUUGUUCAGGGAAUUUUUGUUGAAAAAUAUGACCCAACGAUAGAAGAUUCCUACAGAAAGCAAGUUGAAGUAGAUUGCCAACAGUGUAUGCUGGAAAUCCUGGAUACAGCAGGGACAGAGCAAUUUACAGCAAUGAGGGAUUUGUAUAUGAAGAACGGCCAAGGGUUUGCACUAGUAUAUUCUAUUACAGCUCAGUCCACGUUUAACGACUUACAAGACCUGAGGGAACAGAUUUUACGGGUUAAGGACACAGAAGACGUUCCAAUGAUCUUGGUUGGCAAUAAAUGUGACCUGGAAGAUGAGCGAGUAGUAGGCAAAGAACAGGGCCAGAAUUUAGCAAGACAGUGGUGUAACUGUGCCUUUUUAGAAUCUUCUGCAAAGUCAAAGAUCAACGUUAAUGAGAUAUUUUAUGACCUGGUCAGACAGAUAAAUAGAAAAACACCAGUGGAAAAGAAGAAGCCUAAAAAGAAAUCAUGUCUGCUGCUCUAGACCCAUAGUCAGCAGCAGCUCUGAGCCAGAUUACAGGAAUGAAGAACUGUUGCCUAAUUGGAAAGUGCCAGCAUUCCAGACUUCAAAAAAUAAAUCUGAAGAGGCUUCUCCUGUUUUAUAUAUUAUGUGAAGAAUUUAGAUCUUAUAUUGGUUUGCACAAGUUCCCUGGAGAAAAAUAAUUGCUCUGUGUAUAUCUCUUGGAAAAUAAGACAAUAGUAUUUCUCCUUUGCAAUAGCAGUUAUAACAGAUGUGAAAAUAAAUAUACUUGACUCUAAUAUGAUUAUACAAAAGAGCAUGGAUGCAUUUCAAAUGUUAGAUAUUGCUACUAUAAUCAGAUGAUUUCAUAUUGACCUUUUUAUCAUGAUUACUCCCUGUCAGGCACUAAAAAGUUCAACAAUUAUACUUUAUAUCUGUAAUGAUAGAUUAUGAAAUUUCCCCUCAAACUCAUUGCAGCAGAUAACUUUUUUGAGUCAUUGACUUCAUUUUAUAUUUAAAAAAUUAUGAAAUAUCAUCUGUCAUUAUAUUCUAAUUAAAACUGUGCAUAAUGCUUUGGAAAAAUGGGUCUUUUAUAGGAAAAAAACUGGGAUAACUGAUUUCUAUGGCUUUCAAAGCUAAAAUAUAUAAUAUACUAAACCAACUCUAAUAUCGCUUCUUGUGUUUUACUGUCAGAUUAAAUUACAGCUUUUAUGGAUGAUUAAAUUUUAGUACAUUUUCAUUUGGUUUGUGUGUUUUUGUUAUUGUUUAUAGAUUUAAGGCAUUUAUUUUAUAAUAACCACAUUGUUUUAAAUACAACAGUAGCUCCUUUCUGCCUGGUAUCUGCAGAACACUUGGCUUUAAACUAUACUGAGUAAUUGGUGAUUUCUCUAGGAACAGACCUCGCACUUUCUGUUCUAGAUAUAUUUAUUCCUACUAUACAGUAAAAUACAUCAGACUACAUAGAAUAGUUUUGUAUAUUCUCUCUUGAUCUUAAAGAUUGUAUCUUAUUGAAUAAAAUAUCCCAC